GUUGAUCCCGCUCUCGUUACCAGAAUAGUGGACAGGGUGAAAUCUCAAGGAAUUUUUGAUCAGUUUCGCCGUGACUGUCUCGCAGAUGUGGACACAAAGGGAGCAGUGGUUCUAGUCCUAUGGUUCUUGGAGUAAAAGGAUCUCCUGCAGACAGUCCUCUUCCUGGGUGGAGUGCUGCUAACACCUCUCUGCAGUCUUCAACCUCCUUCCCCAAUCAGCCCCCACUUCCUGGUGAAACCCCAGACCAACCCCAGCCUCCACCCUUGCCAGAUUCAAGCGCCGUCCAGGAAAAGCCUCCUCUACCUCGCUCAAGAGAAGCAUCCCCACCUCCAUUGCCACCAAGCACGAUUCCAGAGAGAACCAGGCACACAUCUUCUGUGUCCUCUUCACCAAGUUUGGACUCGAUAUCAUCUGAUCCGCUUAGCAUUGACAGCGAGGAAGAGAAGCCAAAGGUAGUCGUGAAGACCAGUCCACCAAAAACUGCAUCUCCUGCCUCCUCCUCCAAGUCCACUCCAGGAAAGGCAUCUACUGGGAAGGUCGCCCUAGGAAAGAGGAGAGUGAUCCUGAAGAAGGUGGUGGUUCGGAAAGCAGAUGGCACCAAGGUGGUCCGGGUAGUCCGGAUGGACCCCACUAAAGCAACAGCCAAAAGGCUUUUGAUGAGGGCCACAUCAAGAGCUGCCGGUGAUCAGGGUGGAUCACCCAAAGGGAAACCCAUCUCUCUUGCCAAAGUUAAGACAGAAGAGGGUAGACAGCAACCUGAGGAAGAAGACAGUCCUGUCAAGAGCAUCAAACUGCCGGAAGAUGAUCUCUCAGGUGAUGUCCUAGUCAGUCCAUUGCUGGGCAAAAGGAAACAUUUGCCUAUCGACACCAAAUAUUUGAAAGUGGCUGAAGCUCAAGAUCCUCAAGUUGCUCUUCAAGUCAAGGAUGAACCAAUGAGCAGUGGGGAUGAGGAGAAAUGGACUCCCAGACCAGAAAGGCCAAAGCGCAGAGGAUUCUCAAGGGAAGAAAUAGCAGCUGCCCACGAUGCCUCAGACAGUGAUGAGGAAUCAAGGCCAUCCCCUGUGAUUCCCAAGGAGGAGGACAGUCUGUCCAAGGACUUGGAGGAUGUAUCCUCUUCAGGAUCAGACAUGGACUUUGAAGAAGGAACUAGUAGUAACUCUGCUCCAGAUAGAAGAGACUAUUUCCCUGCUGAUGCCUCUGACUCUGACAGUCAUGUGUCUGAUGUUACUGUUAGCUCUGUGCAUACCAGUGACCUUUCGUCAUUUGAUGACAAGAUCAGUUCAUCAUCCAGUUCAUCUUCUAGCAGUGAAGAAAGCGAAGAAGAUACCGAUGACUAUGGCAAAAAGCCUGCAAAGCCAACGGACCAGUCCAGGGCAGAUGCCAAGCCCAUGCUUCUGGCCUCCAAGGAGGAGAUCCUCGACCGAAGCGUGUCUCCUGCAUCAUCCGGUGGAGGGAAGACAUCUCCUAGGCCGGUGGUAGAGGCUAGGUGGAAGAGACAGCACAUGGUGGACAUUGAGGAUGAGGAGACGAAAGCAGACAGGAGGAAGAGGGCGGAUACGAAAGUUUGGAUUGAUCAGCAUCACCAAGCUUCUGGAUCCAAAGCCAAGAAGGCGGAGGCUAAAGAAGAGAGAGCAAAGCGCAGGCAACAAAUGAAGGAGGAGAGAGAACAUCUGAGGGAAAGUGCUACAAGUCCAUCUCAGAUAGAAACCAGGAGACAGAGGAGAGGGAGAAGUGAAGACGAAGGAGCCGAGAGCAAGCCUUACACCAAGCAGCAGCUCAAGGAACAGAAGCUCCAAGAGAAGCGACGAGAAGCCAAGCGCCAGCGCAGCCUCCUAUCUCAGAGUGAAGACAGCCCUGCAGCACUGGACUCCAAACCCAGGAGGGAGACCGAGUGGACAGCCCCGCGUAUCCUCAGACAGGACUUCCUCAUCAAGAAGCGACGGGACUCCCAGAUUCCUUUCCAUCACCUGCUCACCUUGGACAUGGCUUACAAGCAGCUUCUGAAGAAGAGUCAGCAGAGGACCAAGUUCAUUGCUAUGAGGGCGAGGGAAGAGAAAGAAGGCAAGAAGUCGUACAGCAGGUUUACCUUCCAUGCUCCAGGCAAGAAUGUCAGAAAGUCCAGAUGGCUGCAAGCAUCGGCAGAGCGGAAGAAGUGGAAGUCAGAGAGAGAAGCGCCAUCCGCACCAGAGGCAGUUCUGGAAACGGUUGCUAUGGAUGAGGCUGAACAGCAUGAGGAAGUGCAAUGUGCCAAUGAAGAGGAUAGGCUGGAAAUGAUAUCACCUACAAGCCCUGAUGAAGCUCCUCCAGAACCUGAGGAAGACAGUAAGGGUGGCUCAAGAUAUGAAUCUAUCAAAAGUCCUGAAACUGAAUUAGACAUUGAUCAAUUUGGAAAGAGUAGUACGGAUAAGGUUGAUGAGCUAGAGCCAGAGAGAACUGAUAAUACGGUAGACAGUGAUAGACUUAGCAGUGAGAAUGUGGAUAUAGUACUCAAGGAGAAAACAGAAGCUGAAACAGGAUCAGAGUUUGGAAAAGCCAGUGAUGAUACUGCCAAUGACACCACUGAUGUAAAGAUGGAAGAAAACGAAACACUGAGGGUGUCUCCCAGUCAAGUAAACAUUGGUGUCACUGAUACUAAAGAAUGUGAUACUAGUUCGGACAAAGAUAGAAAUAUUAAAGAUGAAGAGAUGGAUGUGGCAACAGAAGAGAGGGUUACUCCAGAGGAUCAUCAUGCUGAGGAGGAUGCAAAGUUGGAGGAGGAGGAAAAAGAGGAACCACAAGAAAAUGAUGACAUUGACAAAGAACAGGAAGUGGACAAAGAGGAAGAAGUACAAAUCAGUACAAAAGAUGAUGAGAAGAAUACUGAUACACCUGCAGAAGACACAGUACCAACCUUUGUCGUGCUCGAGAGAGAAGAGAUAUCAAGCGAGGAAGGGGAUUUUGAUGACCCUGAGAGAGAUAUCACAGAGGAGCAGGUUUCUUCUGAAGAUAAAUCGGUGAAACUACCCUCCAUAUUCCAGCAGACUGAGGCAAUAUCUUCGGAUGAAGAGCUUGAUGAAAUCAUGCCAUCUUCAUCAGGGAAGGACAAGGCGGAUAGGGAUAGGGUAGAGGAGAAAUCUGAAGGAGAGGUAGAUGAAGAAAUCCCACCCCUUGCAGAGGGAGAAUCAAUUACCAAACUCACUGAAGAUAUAUCAGGAGAUGAACUCUCUGAUACUCAAUCUGUAGAGAAUCCACCAACUCCAACCAUGGAUGAACCGUCAGAGUUUGAAGGAAUCAGAGAAGGGAGCAAUGAUGGACAGGCAACUAUUCCCAUAGUACUUGUUAGUAAUCCUGGUGGGUCUGGUAAAAGUCUUGGACAUAGCUAUUCCACAGGAUCAUCAAGUGAUGCAGAAGGAACCAGGACAAGGGAAAGCACUCCGAAAAGUGAUGGAAAAAUCCAAGAAAAGAUUGAAGACAGCAGAAAAAAAGAAGAAAUUGAAGAGGGAGAACUUGCAGAAAUGGAAGAAGGGGAAGUUUCAGAGGAAAAGGAGCAGGCAUCAGGUCGUGGGUCACGCUACAGGAACGUUAGUGGUCAAAGUGAUCCUUCGGAGGAAUCAUCCGGGUAUGGAAAGCGCCCACGUAGGAGAACCUUCUCCCCACAUCAAGGCAAAGAUGAUGAGUACUUGUACUUUGGUCUUGGAAAGCGGACACGGCGACAGUCACCAACACCACCAGCCCAGUCUCCUACUCCUCCGACACAAGGAGCUGCCCAAAGGAAACCCCUCACCAGGGAACGUUCAAGAUCUGGCGGGAUGGCAGCUGGCCAGGCCAAAGACUCCCCAGGACCGGUCAAGGAGCAGGAGGAGAGGGUCCCUUCGGCCCCGACAGAGCGUCGAUCAUCCCGCUACUCCAGGAGAGUGUCACCUCCUAAUAGGUACUCACCGAGCGAGCAGAGGGCAGCACCCAAGGGCAAAGGCCAAGGCGGUGUGACCCCACCAUCUGCCCCAUCGACAUCAUCGCCUUCACCCUCACCACAUGACUCUGACCAACCCUCUGAACCCCAGCAACCACAUCGUCACUUCACCCGACGGAUGAGUGGGAGAGAUGAGGAGAAGAGGAGGCCUCAUCGCUAUGAAGACAUGUAUUACUAUGACAACAAGAGAUCAAGAGGUAACACCAAUCAAGCACCUGCUUCAGGUAAACCAGCGAGGAGGACAUCAGGAGGAGAAGAAAGGAAAAGGAAGCGAUAGAUGAUGAAUUAUAAAUGAGAAUCUGGGCAGCUCAAAAGUUCAAAUUUAUUGACAUUCCAUUGAAAACAUGUUUAAAUUUGAUGUAUAGGUUCUGUAGGAUGUCAACAAACUUGUGCUUCUGAUUCACAUGAAACGUUCCUCUGAUUCUGAGAGAUUGCUCAAUUAAUUUGAAGGAAGAACUAAAGAUCAUUGACUACAUGUACUUUUGAAAGCAAAAAAAUGUACCUGUAUUGCUGUUCUCAUCAAUUUGACAAAGGUACAUGCAUGUAUACUUCAUGGUGCAAAUACAAUGUACUUUAUUUACAUUAAACAUGUGUAUUGCACAUGUGAUUUUUGUUUUAAUCGCAUGGUAUUGCAUCGUUUUGUAUAUUCAGUAUGUGCUUUGUAAUGCUUUGUAAUGUCUACAGGUACUUGUGUACACAAUCUGGAGAACUUUUACAAGUUUCUUAAAUAUCAUUUUGAUUUUAUUAAAAAAAAAGAAAAUUCAUGUUGGAGUGUCAUGAAGUUUGAUGUUUCUGAAAUAGAAUUGCCUUUUUUUAUACAUGUGAUUGUAUUCCAACUUUGUUAAUUUGAUGCCCUUGAAAAAGUAGUUCAUCUUUCGUGUUUUGAAACCCUACUCAAAUCACG